GAUGAUUUUUCCUAAUGCUUUGGAUUUAAGUGUACCCACUCCGAGGGAGGAUGAAGGACGGCGGCCACGGCCUAGCUCAGUUUUUGCACGUGUUUCGCUUCCGCUAGACCUCAGGAAGCGGGCUGGUGCUGUCAUCAUUUCGGCCUCGGCGGAGGGCCGCAACUCUCUCCCGAGAGACAGAACAACCGAUGCGCAAUCCUGCCGUACACGAUCCCGUUCCCGUUCCCCAUCACGCUGGCUUCCGCGUGGCCACAUGUUUACCCCGAGAAGCAGCGCUGCUUCCGCCGCCGGAGCCGAAGCGAACACCAAGAUGGAUGGCCACAUGCUUGACCCGAGAGGCAGCGCAGCUUCCGCCGCCGGAACCGGAGCGAAUACCGUGAUGGAUGGCCACAUGUUUACCCCGAGGAGCAGCACAACUUCCACCGCCGAAGCUGGACCGAAUACCGUGAUGGAUGGCCACAUGUUUACCCCGAGGAGCAGCACAACUUCCAACGCCGGAACCGGAGUAAAUACCAAGAUGGAUGGCCACAUGCUUGACCCGAGAGGCAGCGCAGCUUCCGCCGCCGGAGCCGGAAUGAACACCGUGAUGGGUGGCCACAUGUUUACCCCGAGAAGCAGCGCAGCUUCCGCCGCCGGAACCGGAGCGAAUACCGUGAUGGAUGGCCACAUGUUUACCCCGAGGAGCAGCACAGCUUCCGCCGCCGGAACCGGAGCGAAUACCGUGAUGGAUGGCCACAUGUUUACCCCGAGGAGCAGCACAACUUCCACCGCCGAAGCUGGACCGAAUACCGUGAUGGGUGGCCACAUGUUUUCCCCGGGGAGCAGCACAGCUUCCGCCGCCGGAACCGGAGCGAAUACCGUGAUGGAUGGCCACAUGUUUACCCCGAGGAGCAGCACAACUUCCACCGCCGAAGCUGGACCGAAUACCGUGAUGGAUGGCCACAUGUUUACCCCGAGGAGCAGCACAACUUCCAACGCCGGAACCGGAGUAAAUACCAAGAUGGAUGGCCACAUGCUUGACCCGAGAGGCAGCGCAGCUUCCGCCGCCGGAGCCGGAAUGAACACCGUGAUGGGUGGCCACAUGUUUACCCCGAGAAGCAGCGCAGCUUCCGCCGCCGGAGCCGGAGCGAAUGCUUACCUUCAUGGAUUGGCGGAACUCUUGAACACUAACAACUGUCCAGCUCAAGCCCGACUUCCUGGCGGCCACGGGUUGCCCCCGAGAGACAGCGCAUCCUACGCCAUCACUGAUCACCACUCUCAACUAUCGCUAAUCCCGAUACCGGAAGAAGAACUUCCCAGUAGCAGCGCUGGCACGCGUGCCUCGAACCCGUUGAGUGAGGAAGAUGACGAAAAACGUGUUGCACAGGGUAAACAUGUUAAAGAAUCAAAAACUUCAAUUUAUUUUUAAAUGCUUAAUUUAUUUUACAGUUCAGAACAAAGACGCUAAAUAUUCCAAGGAGACCCUUGAGCUUGUGCUUGAAAAGGUCACAAGUGGUGUGUUGACCACGUACAUGGCGAGUAAGGAGUACGGCAUCCCGCGUGGAACAAUUCAGUUCCGAUUGGGUGAUAAGUGUAAACACCAGGAGAGGCCUGGCCCACCGACGACGCUCACCGCGGAAGAAGAACAGACACUCGUCACGUGGCUGUUCGAGAUGCAGCGGAAAGGGUUCCCCGUGACAGCUGCAGGACUCCAAGAGAAAGUGUCCCUUUUCAUCAAAGCCUCUCCGCGGCCAAACCGUUUCAAGGAAGGAGUCCCCGGUAAUUUUAUUGUUUUAAAGAUAUUUAUAGAGAACGUAUCGUGACCUUUAUUUGUCUAAAUUUUACACCUGAAGCCGUUUUAUAACGUAUUUUUGACUGUUCCAAAGUAACAAACUGCUGUGUGAGUUGGCGGAGA